AAUAAAUUCAACAGGAAAACAGAAGUCGUGAGAAGGAAUUGUCCCUUUUUUUCCCGGAUAAACUACUUUUAAUUAAUUUACUACUUAUAUAUAUUACAUCUAACGGUGUCGGGGUUCUCACUCUUUAUAACCCGUAUUGUCAACUAAGAAGUGACCCACUUUUCAAGCAAAGGUUGUUUGGAGACAUGAAUCCAGAAGACGUGGUUAUCAUUCUCAGUGAUGAUGACGAUGAUGUGUCCAUCAACGACUCGGUCUACAUCGUCGAAGACAUCCAGAACGACGUAUACCCAGUAGAUCAGUCUAACUGCAGCAGGUCACAUGAUCCUGAAGGAGAAGAGGACCUGGUCGUUACCUUCUGUCAGAGAGGAGAGGUGCUGCCUCACGCACGCUACGACUGUACCGCACACACCUUCACACCAACAGACAGUGAUGUAGGAGGACCAAUAGAAUCCAACCAGCUCUUCUGUCACCAGUGCUUCUGUUACGUCUGUGACAAGGUCGCCUCGGAGUGUUCUGUGUGGAUUGUGUCAGGAGUGUGCCACUGCAACGCCCAUAAGAGGAGUGUGUUCUGGAGCAACAAGAGGGACAAGGUGGUUCUGGGAUACCUUCAGAUGUUUAACUUCAACCUGCUGGAGAUCGACAGUGACCUCCGACUGGCAGAGUCCUUACUGCUGCAGUUGGAGGAGGAGUUGUCCAAGGAGUACGCCUCCUUCCAGAUGGGCGUGGCUGUGAGGGGAUUGGCUGUCCAUUGUGCCUGUCACUGCCACACAGCCAAUCGUUUGGAAUGCGGGAACUGCCAAUCAAAUCACCUGCUGCUACUGGUCUACGAUUAUUCGCAGGUGUUUGAGUGUGUGUGCCGCUUCCUUGGACGUGCGGAGAGAGAGAGACCGAGAGCAGCAGCUGUUAUGAGACUUGGAGCAGUUCAACUCUUCAUUACACACAGUCAACCUCCUGGACCAGUGAUUUCCCAUCAUCUUGAGGCCAGGAUAGCGGAGGCCCUGCCCUUGCUGCUAACCAGGGUAAUGGAGGCGGUGCAGAGACAGAUGGUGGAGUGUGACUUCAGUCCAGAGUUUCUCCAGAAACUUCAAGGUUUCUACCAGACCCUCCCCCUUCCUCCCAGCUGCAUCGCUCUGAGAAACAGGCUGUGUGUUCUCCCCUGGUCAGAUGUCCUGCUGGUCUCCGUGUUAAAGGGACAGACCGUUAAUGUGUGUGUUCCAGGCUGUGCGUUCUCCCCUGGUCAGAUGUCCUGCUGGUCUCAGUGUUCCAGGCUGUGUGUUCUCCCCUGGUCAGAUGUCCUGCUGGUCUCCGUGUUAAAGGGACAGAACGUGACGGGGAUCCGCCCGGGAAAAGUGAAGAAGGAGCCGCUGACUGAAUCUGCUGCUGUUGUCCUGCUGAGAGCUGAAACAUUACAGAGACUCAACAGGUACAGGGAGUUGACCCGUUACCUGAAGGUGGUUCAUAGUGUGAACACAGAACUUGUCCAGGCGGUGCGGGAUCUGAUCCCUCUCUUCCUGAUGAAGGCUGGGGACUUUAGCUCCGCCCUCUCCUCCUUCUUCUCUCCGCCCCCUGGGGUCUGCUGCCCCGUCUGCCGCCUAACGCCUCGCCUCUUCACCCUCUACCUACGCAUCAUCACCACGGCAACCGCACCCAGCGCCACCGCUGCCAUUGCAACGCAGCCCCUCUCCCCCGACACUCCCUGGGAGGAGGUCAAAGGUGCUGUGGUUCCCAGGCAGGUCGAGGUGGUGAAGUUUGGCCUGAGGGUUCUGAAGAGCAACAUGGCUGUCUACAAGGACUCUCAGAGUUGGGCAUACUUUCUCCACGUGCUCAAUUCUCCUGCUGGUCCUCCUGACCCUGCCUUUCUGACGGAGGCGAGAAACGUUACCAUGGAGAUCCUGCUGAACCAGGGAUCUCUGGGACACCUCAUCCAGAUCCCACGGACCUUCCUGAUGGUGUAUCCAGACCAGGCCCUGUUGCUAUUGAUAACUCAGGCUCUGGCGCUACGGAUCCUCCACGAACCUUUGACCCCCGCUCUACCCGUCCUCAACUAUUACAAGGGUCAUGUGUGGGCCUUGAGGUGGCUUGUUGGGCUGCUGUCUUCGUCUCCUGGAACACUGGAAUCCUUCCUCAGAGGGGUAGCAGUGGAGCUGCACAACACUGAUGGAUCCCAGCUGUCGCCCUCCUCCUUCCCUUCUUCCUCCCUCAAAGACCAGCCUGACCCCUUCUUCUACUACCUCACAGACUUAAUCAGAGAGACUCGAUCUGUAAUCCCGGACUGCAGCAGACUGGACCUGGAUCAGACUGGAGUGUGACUCAGACUGCGUGUGUGUGUGUGUGUGUGUGUGUGUGUGUGUGUGUGUGUGUGUGUGUGUGUGUGUGUGUGUGUGUGUGUGUGCGCGUGACAACAUCUCUGAACACGUGGAAGCAACGAAGAAGAGGACAAUGAUAAUAAUGUGUUUAUCAGACUGUUAAUAAGACCGUUUGUGCCUUUUUGUUCUACAAAUAAACAGAUUAUUUUAUUUAUCCGUAUCACCGGAGUAAGUCUAUGCGGUGUAAAACGUGUGAGAGUAUAAAUAGUGUGUUUUGGCUGUUGUAAAAAAAAAAAAAAAAAAAAGCUCUUCAUUAUUUACUGAACACUUUAAUAAUAAACAGAAAAAUAACAUUUCA